AGAGAGAGGAAAGGGAAAAGGGAGAAGGGAAGAGAAGGAGGCACUGACCGCAGUGCAAACCAGGAACCUUGCCCCCUGCCUGAUCAUUAACCUCGCUGGAAAAGGCGGCUGGCUCCCCAGUUUGUCACUGGUGGGUGAGCCGGGCAGGGGCUGCCGGCCGCCUGCAGCCACGCGGGCCGGAUUUCUGUACAUCUCUUCGCCUAUAUACAUACCCACACAGCCUGGGAGCGCGCCUCCGCGCUGACCGCAGACAUGAGGCUCCGGCUGCUCCUCUGGAUCGUGUUUGUGCUCCUGGCGAGCCUCCUCCCCGCCGGCGGGCAGAGGCCGGCCAACCUGGCCCUGCGCAGGAAGCUCCACCGGCACGGCUGCUCCCACCGGCGCUGUGUGCCGCUCCACUCCCGGGUUCCCUUCCCCUGAGCCCCCAGGGGGAGCGUGGGCCAGCAAUUUCAUAAUGGGCUUUUCAGCGUUUUAAAGGAGAAACAAUUAAACUGAUGGAGAAGUUAGUCAGAAGUCCAGAUCGACAACAGCUGAUCUGACAGAGCCACCGCAGCCCCAUCUUCAGCAGUCCUGUCUGCCACAUUCUGCAAGACCUUCUGCAAGACCUGGAACAAAGGCCCCUGGCUCACACCCUAG